GGGACUCUGAGCUCACAGUGACGUGGCCCUUGCGAGGUCUAGAGCGGAGCUGAAUUUUUCUCUCCUCCUAGUUGCGGACUAGCAGUCGUUUGUGGCAGUGCGGCUUCUCAUUGUUGCCCUGAAAGCCAGCGAGCCAGUUGCCCGGGGAAGGAGGAAAGUGGUGAAAGCUGACACCGAUCCUUGGCAGGUUGGGCUUCAGAUCCAUUGGCGCAGCAGAUUUCAAGACAGAAAAACUGCCUGUGGUCACUGCAGGAAGAAGAAACAGGAAAAAAAUCCUUAACAUGGAAAACGUUCCCAAGCAAAACAAGGUCGGAGAGCAGGCCGCAGUGAAGAAUGAGGAGGAAGCCCGUCCUUUAGAAGGCGGGGAAGGCCAGCAGCCUGGAGGCAAUAUCAGAGGGGGUUGGGUUCCACCUGUCCAGGAUUUUGGAGAAGAUAUGCCGGAUAGGCUUGCCAAUAACAUGGAUUUGAUAGAUGGAGAAGCAGAUGACAUGGAACGGUUCAUGGAGGAGAUGAGAGAGCUAAGGAGGAAAAUUAGGGAGCUUCAGUUGAGGUAUAGUCUGCGCAUCCUUAUAGGGGACCCCCCUCACCAUGAUCAUCAUGAUGAGUUUUGCCUCAUGCCCUGAAUCCUGAGGUUAACGAUAACAAACCCCCUGCUUUCCAAACUAGCAUUUUCUUGAUGUAAGCUUAACAGUGAAUCUUUUGGUGUUCUCUUGCCACUUGCUGAUUGGAGAUUUCCUUUGACCUGGUCUGUAACUGUUUCUGUCAGCAGGGGUGUGUCAUCAACUUGCAUGGAAAGAUGUUUAUCUCACAUCAUAAAGUUAAUAAAGCAUUUAAAAAGCAA